AUGGGAUAUGUGAUGACAGAGGCAAAAGCAGUUGAACAUGCAGUUGAAUAUGUGUCCAAGCCAAACUCCCUCUAUGUUCCUACCAACUCCAGGGAACGUCCUUAUCAGUGUCCCUAUUGUGACAAAGCUUUCAGCAAGAAUGAUGGAUUAAAAAUGCACAUCCGCACCCAUACAAGAGAAAAGCCGUACCAAUGCUCUGAGUGCAACAAGGCUUUCAGUCAGAAACGUGGCCUGGAUGAACACAUGAGGACCCACACAGGAGAGAAGCCAUUCCAAUGUGAUGUUUGCGAUUUGUCAUUCAGCCUCAAGAAAAUGCUGAUCCGGCACAAGCUGACUCACAAUCCCAAUCGGCCCAUGGCUGAAUGCCAGCUAUGCCACAAAAAGUUUACAAGAAAUGACUACCUCAAAGUACACAUGGAAAAUGUCCAUGGGGAAACUGACAGCUAAUUUUGGCUUAAAGGAGAAAGUGUGUAGUGUUUCCAUUGAAUGCUUCUAACUCCAGAGUUCAGUCAGAUGAGUAAAUACAUAAUAUAGAAUGUAUAUUUAAAAAAAAAUUAUAUAGACAAAUCUUUUUUGGGGUUUUCUAUUCAAAGUAAAAGUGUUAUGUGAUCAGUGAUGUGGGAAUGAAAAUAAUUCAUGUCAUGGUGAAUCAAAACAUUAUUUUUAAUUGGAAAGUUUAUUACUAAAAUAUGUUAUAAUCCUGUCAUAAUUACUAUUUUUCUCUCUAUUUCCAUAUAAUAAAACUUUAAUUCAGUUGUAGUUUUUAGCAUGACAUGGUUUUGAAAAGAAGACAGACAACUUGAGGUUAGGACAGAUCUGGUCAAAUUCAUACCUGUUAGAAAAUUUGUUAGCACUGCUCUGUUUGCUCAGCUACUUUCCUAGAAGGGGAAGAUUGUGAUAAACAAAAAUCAGAAACUGUGUUUAUAGAUGCCCCAUUUGAAGCACCUGUAAACCAUUAUCUCUUUGGCCACUUAGUAUUCAUGCCAAAGAUUAAAAUUACAAGAUUGAUCAUGAUCAACCAGACUGAGAUACAGUAUCUCCAGGGUUGGCUGCUGGUUUUUUUGUUCAUGCUUUAGUGUGUUUAAGGGAACCAGGACACAGGACACAGAUUUCAGUUAUUUGUCCUGAUUCUGGUAUAAAAUCACUGGAAAACCCUAAACUAGUUUUUCUCAAUUUGGCACUCAAACUUGUGUGAUUAAAGUAGGUAAUGUUCUUGGCUAUGAAUGCUGGGAAUUAUAGCCUAAUACAUCAGAAAAUUCAGAUUAAGAAUGAUUUUUCUAAAACAUUUCCUCAUUAGAAUUAUUCCUGUUCAGCAAGGCUUUUUAAAUGUCCUGGACUGAUUGACUCUGCAGACAUUUCAGAAGUAUAAAAAACUAGAGCUGUUAUAUAAAAUUUGAAAUUUUCAAAUUUUCAAAAUUUUACUUUGGGCAUUCAGUGCAAAUGUACUAUUUGUGUGAAAUUCUUUAGAGCAGAAACAUAUAUUUCAGGAAAGGGAUAGAUAUACAAUCCUGGAAAAAGAUGCAGCUGCUUUAAAUAGUUGAAGACAACAUUUGUGCCACCAAACACUGUGAAGCACUUUUUUUGGUACUGUUGCUGAAGCAUUGCGUAGCUCUGAUAGAGAACAUAUUGUAUUCUGUGCAUUUGUUAAACUGGUUUCACAAUGCAGGAAAUUCUUAAGCUUAAUAAAUUAAAAUUGUGACUAGGAUUUUAUUCAACUAGUCAGCAUGAUUUUUCAAGCAACACUUGCUAUUACUUAAAAUAUGUUAAUGAACUCAGAAUUUAUAUCAAAAUUAGAAUCUAUUUCAAACAUCUCUCUCUUAUCAUAGCAUUCCUAGGGAGACUUACAAUCUUCACUGUUUGAAUGUGAUUGGAAUUACAGCAUUGGUUGCUCCUGGAAAAGGCAAAUCAGAAGCAGUCCUAAGAAUGAUCUGUUGCUAAAGUGUUUAAAGGUGUUAAAAUACAGCAUUAGUACUAACAAUAUUUGUAAAUGUUAAACAAAAUGAAAAGUUAAUCUCAGAAUAAUAUAGAAUUAUAUUGCUAGGAUUUUUUUUAGCCUAAAGGAAUUUGUGCAGUUUUAAAUAAGGCUUUUGAAAUAAAUCUCUCAUACCUGUAAAAAAAACCACCUACUAUUAAGAAGAUUAAAAGUGAGUUAAGAAUAAUUUGUUAACUUUAUUACUUUUUCAGCAAGCAGCUUCUCUUAAUUAUUAGAGUAAUUCCUUGAAUACUCAUCUGUGGAUAAGAAUGUAGAGUUUGCAUGAAAAGCUGAUUCAUGACUGAAAAUAAAAGGUACCAACUAUAUUCUCUAAAGCAGGAGUGUCAAAAUCAUGGCCCGUGGUCUGGAUGCGUCAUAUGCUGGCCACGGCAAUGCCUGUUUUUUUUUUUAGGGGGGUGGAAGUCAUGAUAUGUCACAUGGCAAUUCUGUGAUGACGUGAGUUUGACACCCCUGCUCUAAAGAAAACCUGUUUUUGGAAAAUUAAAUUCUUUAAGUAAUACACAAUAUAACCCAUGUGCUUUCUUCCGUAUGUAUAUUUUAUGUCUUAACAGCCCCUGUGUCUGGCUAUAGCAAAUCUUAGAUUUAAUUCCAUACCAAAAAAAAUCUGUAUUAACAUCCACAUUUAAUCUGAUACAGGAUAAACAUUUCCCCCCAUACUUGUUCUGAAACAUUUCGCUCUCUCUGACUCUGAAUAAUUAUUUCAGAAUGGAGCUGCUACUCCAAACUGCCUCCUGCAACACAGAUAUUAAAUCAUUUCUUAAAGGCUUACUUCAAAACCUAAUCUGAAAUACCCCAAAGUAGUGAAAUACAGCAAUUUGCCCACAAAUUCUGAUGCAUAUCUUCUAAUUCCUAUAAACGUUUCCAGAACUGGACUAUAAUGAAAACUGAACAAUUCUCUAUUUAAUCUCCAUAAUAAUCAUUAGAUGCAUUGGUUGUAGCAUUAAGUCUCAUUUUGCUGUUGUUAUUGUUGUAAUUGGUAAUUUGCUUUCCAUAAAUGGGCAUUGAUGUGUCAUCUAGGCUGUCUGAGUA